AUGGCGGGCAAAGAACUUGAUAGUAACUUUUACAUCUUCCUGCCCAAAGUUUUGACCACUGACCCUGUAGCAGAUGUAGAACACGGAUCGAGGAAUUCAUGCUACGCAGGAGAGCGUUUAUGCUUUUUUCUGAUCGCCCAGUUCCGAGGGAACAAACGAGAAGAUGCAAAUUUUGAAAAUUGGCAGAAACGCCUGUUACGUUUGUGUACAUCUGUUAGUGUAAGCAGCAUUGAGUUAAUGACCAGAAAAGAUGACGCACAUGCAGGCGGAUUUAUUACUUGUUGGCCUGUUGGUUCUUCAAAGAUGGAGGGAGAAGACGUCGAUUUGAGGAAAAAGGUUUAUUAUUUAGAAUUUGAAUUCCAGAACCAUCUUCCAAAACACAAGUUUAUUGGGUUACGUAAGCGAUCCAGUUGGAAGCGCAAAUUGAUGUAAAUUUAGAAUUUAUCAUUCACCAAUUAUCAUUAUUUUUCCAUUUAAUUCCAAUAUUUUACUUGCGUUUUUAUUCUUAUGUGGGAACUGGUAUCAGAAACGCACUUAUACAGUUCAUUCAUUCUUCAGUUACGGUGAUUAAGUUCACGUGCCAAUUAAUUUAAGUGCUCAAAUAGCCAUGCUCGUGCGAGAUCUCCUAUAAUUCUAGUAUUCUCUGCAGACAAACUGACUUAUGUUGUGGCUAGAUUAUAUUCAAAUUGAAAUGCACAUUUUCAAUGGAGCAACUGCAGAAUACCCGGCCACUCAUUUACAUGUCAUUGAAUAAGAAUAGCGUCUAUUGUGUUAUGCCUCGAUCUUCAAAGCAUCCCGACUCCUGUUUCUGCACGGUUCUCUAUAUAUUUUCAUUGGUACUAAAGUGGAGAAUUUAUUUCACAGUCAAGACUUUCUUUAUUUGUCAGUAAUUCUCUAUAUUCUCAUGACCUUAGUGCUUGAUCCAGUGGUGAUCUCAUUAGCCGAUAAUAGAUGCUUGUCACUCCAAGGGGUUAAAGUAUGUUCCUUCAUUCUGUUACUGAUAGAUAGAACCAAGAAUUACUCAUCGUGGUGACAUCAUUUAUCCAUUGGAUGUUAGACUGAACUCAUUGCCAGCUCUGACGAGGAGGAUGCGUCUGUCAGUGAAUGUCUGGACACCAGAAUUGCAUUUCUUUCAUGAGACAGAAAAUAGGACAGAUAUUGAUUUUAGACAUUACUUGGUGGAUCAUGAUCCUGAUGACCUAAUUGAAGAAUCAAAGAAUGCAUGGCGAUGUAUAGGUAAAAAUGCAAAUACCUGCUUAAAUUCUUCUACAAGGGUAAUAAUAUUUGCAAAUGCAGGAAGAUUGAACAUUGAGUGGUUGUUAGUGUCUCAGCCCUUUCACUCCCAUGAUCUCAUCAGUAAUUCUCCUUACUGUCCUACAAUUCUUAUAAUGUUAGUUUGGAUCAUUUUGUACCGAAUCAACUAAUAACCCCUGAACUCUUCAACUCCUAAGAGUGACUAGCAUCUAAUUUCUCCUUACAAUAUCACCACUGAAUCACACAUUAAUGUCAUGAGAAUAAAGGCAAUGAUCACUAACUAAAGAAAUUCUUGAUUGUUAGACAAAUUCUCCUUGUCAGCACCUCAGUAAAUGUAUAGAGAACAGUAUGGAGAAUAUGAAUACUGAUGUUAGGGUGUAAAGGGUUAAUUUCCCACAUUCUCACUACUUGUCUAUUUUAUAUUGUGUUGAUAUUGUAAGGAGAAAUUCUGUCUCAGUCAGUCAUGAUGGAAACUCUUCUUCUUGUCAAGCAGUGAAUCGAUUUAACAUUUAAAUCAAUUCAAUAAAAGUGUGCUCUGAUUUGCAGUCAAUGCUACCCUUCCUGUCAUAACACCUCCCACACUUCGCUGCAAAUAUUUUCAAGUGGCUGGAAAGCAUUUCCUUUGCAUUGAAGGUAAGAAGUGCCCAUCUUUUCUUAAUGAUGAUAAAUCUGGAAAAAACUUUGGUAUGAACCUGGAAAGGUGGGAAGUUUACAACAUGGCAACUUAUUUGAACUCUUAGAUGAAGAGAGGCUUUAUGAGAGGGAAGUGUCUUGCCCAAGAACACAGCAAGUGGACUCCAAAGAUGGCGUGAACUCAUGAGACAUAGAAAUGUAGCCAUUGAGUCACCAUGCAUUUCUCAAACCAUGGCACAUCUUGACCUCAACAAAUGGAAACUUUUCCUUAGCUUUCUUACAAGCUCUCUUUUGUUUAUUUAUUUCCUUUUAGUUAUCAAUAUUUUGGGUAAAUCAGUCACUCUUAAUGAAGUUGAUGUGAGGACUAGUUAUGAUGUGGACAUAGAAAAUGGGAAGAACAUGAUCCAUCAUUUCAGUCACUCAAAACAGGAUUUUAAGCCAAGGUAUGAACCUUUUUUUGCCCUAAGUAAGGGCUAACAAUUGAAGUGCCAGCUUUGAAAAUCUUAAGCGUGGCCAAUUUAUGAUAUCAACCCAAUUGAUAAUACCAAAUUACUAUGAACCUUUUUGGUCAAUAAAAUAUGAAUGAAAUAUUAUUGACCUAUCAUUUGCAGGUUAGUUGUGAUAGGAAUUGCAUUGAGUAAAGCCUGAUAAAAGUACUCAGGUCUUAGUAUUCAGUUCUCACUGGGGCAUUCUUGUCAUCACACUUGAAUAUUUCAGAAUAAUUAUACAAGGUUGUCAAAACAGGCAGGCAACCUGCACAUUUCACCAUCUACUCUGAAAAAAGCUUUGGCUAUUCCAAAUGCUUGUUGCUCCCAGAACCAUUGCCUGCAAAGGGGCCUUCUACCACUAGUGCCCCCCUACUUUUUAUGGUUUAACAAUAUUGUUCCUAAGUAUUCUCUCUCACUAUUGCAGGUUUUCUUGCUUAGAUGUUUUCCCAGUCACCACAAGUGGCAACAAAGCAAGUACUUUCCCAGUUCUUCUCAGACCUUGGGAACACUAUGCAUUUCUCUUUAGAAUCAUCUAUCAUGAAAAUCAGAUGGCUUUGAACAAGGUACUUAUCAAUCACUAUCACAGACAUGGCAAACUGAUAACGUCAAGUUGUUAACUAAAAUCUAAACAUUGUCCUGUAAUUUUUCCAAGUUGUGAUGUUACCACCAUUAAGUUUGGCUGCCAUUUUUUUUCAUUUUUCUCUUAAUUUCAUACACUGUUUAGAAGUAGGUUGGUGAGAAGUAGGAGAAUUGUCAACCAAGGGAUAUUGUUUCUAUUUAACAACAAAUUCUCUGUAACAGCCAUCAAAAAAAUCUUUGGCUCUCAUUUGGGAAAACAAGCUUUCAGAUCUAAGGGGUGAAAGAGUUAAAUAAGAUCCUUUAUACCAGGAGAAUGUAGGAUGGAUUAUAGACUACACAAACAUGCCAGCAAUUAUUGGGCUAAUUAUUGAUUAAAAUGUUUGAAUUGGAAUAUUGACAGAGUUUGUUAAUUUUAGCAACUGGAAGUGGUACUCAAGGGAUCAAUAAAGUGGGAUGUUGAGACAUUAAAGGAAUGCUUCCAAACAAUUAACACUUCCUACAGGUAGAAGCUGCAGCAGUUGCACUUGGUACUCGUGGUGUUCAACAUAUCUCAGUUUGUACAUCUUGAACAAAGUGGCCCAAAUUUUUCAAGAUUUCCAUUUUCACUUCCUUUUGGUCUCCCCUGUCCCUAAAUAUGUGCGUACCCCCUUCAACCCACACUUUAUUUCAUCACAAAUUAUUGCAAGUGUCUCAUGUGAUUUGCAUGGCACAGCACUCAUUCACAUGAUCUUUUUACAUGCAAUUUGAUCAAGAUUGUGCUUGGUGAGGUAAUAAGUUGUAGGAAAUUUCUUUGAACAAGUGCAUAUGCAUUUAUCACAAAUCAAUUAAUCAAUCCCCUCCCCCCUUGGUAUAAAAUGCUCUGCAACCCUUGUCUAAAUUUGAAAAUGUAGCUCAUUAAACCUGGUGAAUGAUGUGAGGAGGUCAGUUAGUCACUUUCAGUGCCACAGUGUGCUUUUUUAGACAGUUAUUGGGCAGAACUACAAAGCUUGUUUUUUUUUCAACUGAGAGCCUUUUUUCAUUUUUUGCUUUUAAUUUUUGUUUCACCAGUCUCCCUGUGUUCAUUGUGAGAAGGUCUUCUGUGAGUGUCCGUGCAAGUUGCCAAUCAAGUGUGGGAAAAGGGAAAAGGUACAUUGUUUGACGUUGUUCAAUACAAGGAUUUUUACCUUACUGUAGUACUUAUUUUUACCUAAAAUAAUUUUUUAACCCUUUAACUCCCAAAAGUGAUUAACAAGUAACUUCUCCCAACAAUAUCCAUGCACUAUCCAGCAAACAGGUUAUGAGAAUACUCAAAUAUAUCAGGUAGAAGUUGAUAUCUUGAUCUAAAACCAAAUUCUCACAACUUAUUUACAAGGAAAUGUGUAGCAUCUUGGGAGUUAAAGGAUUAAGAAAAAUGAAUAAUUUAUAUCGCAUUUUUAUUCAUCUUUGUAGGUUUCAGGUGAAGUACACAGUUACAAACACUGAACGAGAUGAUGGAAAUGUUUCUCUUGUCUGGAGUCCAGUGAACAAUGCCUCACUGAAAACACUUAGAAAUGCUCCCAUAAUGCAUUCAUUGGUAUGCCUACAGCCAAAAGUUAAAAUUGGGUAAGAAUUGCAGUUUCUUGCUUGGGUCAAUAAAUAUUUCAGACUUGUGGUUAUAAAAAUGAAAAGUUCCCUCAUGUUAUUGUUGUAUACUGUUAUUAAAAUACUCUGUGCAAAUAACUCUAGUGGUGACAUGCUGUGAACUUGGAAUCUGCAGAAUUAAGUUUAAAUAGUAUGUGUCUUUUGUGUUUAUUCAUUUAUAUUACUUAUUUAUUGAUUUUCUAAUAUCACUCUCAUACUUGUUGUAUAUUUAGGAAUCAGGUCAUUAAAACCUUAAUUCUUCUAUGGCAAAGCAUUGUCUCUACUCAACAACAGUUACUUUUGAAAUCCUUCUUCCCAUUCUGUUUAAAUUCUCUCUGCAGUGAUGAAAGAACUGAUUUUGUUGAUAAACUAGUCAUGUUCUAAGUACUUCCCUUCAUAGUCACCUCCAUAAAAUUUGAGAGGUGUACCUUCAACUCCUCCUCAGCUGAUUCUGCUGCACACAGCUGCAGUCACAGCAGUACUCUCUUAAACCCUCCACACCUAUCAGUAUGCAUAUUCUUCAAACUCUUCUCUAUACAUUUCCUAAGUUGCUGAUGAGGAGAAUUUGUUUCACGGUCAAGAGUUUCUUCAGUGGGUGAUUGUUUCCUUUAAUCUCAUGACCUUAAUGUGUAAUUUAGGGGUGAUAUUGUAAAGAGAAAGUAGAUGCUAGGCACUCCAAGGGGUUAGGGGGUUAAUUUCUUCUUUCAAAAGUCUUUUGCCUUGACUCCAUGUAUGUUAGGCAAGGCUAAUUUUUUAGGUUCCUCUUCCCACACUUUAGUUGGUGUUUCCUUUCAUUGAUAAUUAUGGUAUUGUCAUUCAAAGGUGCUGUCCAUCUGGGUCAUCACUAACAGUGAAUGUGGAAUUCUUAGCAGUUCAGGAAGGAUUGCAUGAGGUAUGAAUUCACUAAGAACAACCAGGCAAACCUGUCUGUGUUCUUUAACCCUCUAACUCCCAGAUCAAAUUUUUAAUUCUCCUUUCUGUCAGCCAUACAAUUCUUACAAUGUUAGUUCAGAGAAUUUAGUAUUAGAUCAAUUAUUAUCCCCAAAUUGAUAUUUUUCUUUCAUCACUUAUCUGGUUGAAAUUGUAUUGAUAUUGUAAGGAGAAAUUCUGUCUUGGCCACCCAUGGGAGUUAAAGGGUUAAGAGAUCAGAAACUUAAAUACUGGUACUGAUUUGAGCAGGGAGUGGGUUAGUGUUAUUUCUCCCUUACUUGUCACAGGGUUUGUACAUAUCCUGGAAAAUCUGGAAAGCCCUGGAAUUUUAUUUUAACUUUUUCCAGGACUAGUGAGUCCUGAAAAAAGACUACAGGUCCUGGAAAGGCCUGGAAAUCUGCUUUGAUCAAGCCAUAAAGUCACCAGAAUUUAUGUUAUAAGAAAUGCAGAUAGACUGAGAAGAGAAUUGCUUAUGAGAUUUUGGGAAGGAAAGGGUUUCAUGUUAAUUUGAAGUCUGAGAAAAAUCAAUUAGGUCCUGAAAAAUUCCUCUGAAAAAGGAUACAAACCCUGCUGUAAGUUUUAAAUACACACUGGAUUUUUCAACAUCUCAUGGACGUGAAGAUACAUGGUGCCAAAGACAAAUUUCAUACACUCAGGUGACAGUUUGAAAAACCAAUUGCAGUGAAAAGCCCUUCAUAAAUGAAUUUUAAAUAUAAUAACACCAAUCUACAGUGUAUUCAUCCUUUGACUCCCAAGAUCUCAUGAGUAAUUCUCCUUUCUGUCUGCCAUACAGUUCUUAUGAUGUUAGUUUGGAGAAUUUGGUAUUGGAUCAAUUUAUAAUCCUGUAAUUGAUAUUUUUUUUAAAUUCUCAUCACUUGUUUGCUUGAUAUUGUAUCAAUGUUGUAAGGAGAAAUUCUGUCUUGGACACUCAUGGGACUUAAAAGGUUAAUAUAAUUAUGAUUUUGACUUAAAAUUGAAUAUUAAAAACCCUACCAGCAAUUACUUUACACUCAGUAAAUUAUUGUACUGUCUGUUACAAAAAGGAAGGUAUAGCAAACAUUUAACUUCAUUUGUACAAUUUACUAUUAAUGAUAAAUAAUAGUGUAAUUUUGAGAAAUCAUCACUCCCACCACCAGUACCCUUUCUAUGCGAGAUACAUGAUUUAUUUUCACCAAUUUGUACUCUUUCUCCUUAAGGUUGGUAAAUUUAUGAAGUGCAAGUGGCAUGGUGAAUCAGAUCAAGAAGAUUUCUCGGGAAGCAGAUCUGAAAGACAGAAUACUUCUCCAUCAGGAUUUACAACAGUGUCGCAUUCUUGUCAAAUUUUUGUAACAGGCAUAAGUUAGAUGCAGAUUUAUUCUCUGCUCUAACAGGUAUAUUAAGUCAAUUAUUUAUCAAUUAAUAAUUCAUAAUAUAUACAUAUAUUUGAGAGAGAUGUGGAUAUGAAUUUGAUUGUUACUUGUUGUCAUUAACAAGGUCUGUAUGCUGAAUUUGCUUUUUCUACCAGAGUGUCUACAUGUACUUUGUAUAAUGCAUGUCAUUACGCUUCAUACAUUCAUCUAUUCAUUCAUUAAGCGUCAGCAUGAUUUCCAAGUGACCUGUUAAAGGCCUUUGUUUGCAUAACACAGAAAACUGGCAGGGUACACAAUGGUAUAAAUUACCUGCAGAACAGGAGUAUCUUUUGGCAUUUUGCGGGCAAGUCUUGUCUGGGAGUCUGCUACUUGGUUCCCCAAAUAGAUACUGACUCAGGCUCGAUUACCAGCCACUGUAAGACCCCAUGCUUCUCCCUAUUUUCUCAGGGAGGAGCAAAGAUUCGACACAACAGAGUAGCCGAAAUCAAGCUUAUCACUGACCCUUCUUCAAACUAAAAAUUGUCACUUUCUGCCCCUGCUCUUAUACUUAGCUUCCAAAACCUACAGUUAUGGCUCGUUUUGCCUAGAAUCCCUUCUAACUUUAAAAAAGUGUCUUCAGUUUGGCUUCUAUGUGGUCACUGAUUUUAUGUAUAUAUUAGAAUGUACAAUAUAUGUUUCCAUCGAGGAGCAAAGUCUUAAAUUAUAGAAUGACAUAAUUAUUUCAUUACUUGAAUAUAGUGAAGAAUCAAGGCUUACAUCUUAUGAACAUAAGUAUGCUAUACAAAGUUUGGAAAUAAUGCAUAAUAAUUUGGCCAUUUAAAGAACCCGUGUUAUGGGAAACAAUCCUCAAUUUUUGUAUGUAAGUUCUGUUGAUCAUACCACAAAUGCAUGCUACCAAAUAACUCAUUUUAGGGGUAUAAUCUAGAAAUUUAGAGAAAAAACAUAGGAUUGUAAGAUCAACAACCUGAGGACUUUUUUUGUAUCAAUAAUUGCUCAACUGGUUUGUGAGAACUUUUGGAAAAUUAUAUUUAAUGAUGAGGGAGUGGAUUAAGUCAAAAAACUGUGAUGCAACAAGAGAG